CCCCGGAAGUGCGUGCCCGCAGCCCCGGCGAAGAGCCUAAGAAGCCAACUGGGGCCAACCAAGUUUCAGAACCUGUAUUGCUGAUACCAGCGUCAUUGGGGAUGAAUUGUUCUUACCAGAGACUCCUCUGUUCCUGACAGUGCACCUCUCCCUAGAAGAGAAGAGAGGGAGGGGCCACAUCGAUCCAGCUGAAGCAUCUCCAGAAGGCUCCUGUGGAUGCCACGUGGAAGCCACCCUUCUGCCGCAGCUCAGAGCCGGUGAUCACAGCGCGUGGACAUGGCUUUACUCAGCAACAUCCUAGCGGCCUAUUCCUUUGUCUCAGAGAACCCUGAGCGAGCAGCUCUGUACUUCGUCUCCGGUGUGUGCAUUGGGCUGGUCCUCACCCUGGCUGCCCUGGUGAUGAGGAUCUCUUGCCACACAGACUGCCGCCGGCAUCCCAGGAAGAAAUUCCUGCAGGACCAAGAGAGCAGCAGCGACAGCAGCGACAGUGAGGAUGGCAGCUCGGACACAGCAUCUGACAUCUCGGUCAGGAGACACCGCCGCUUCGAGAGGACUUUGAAUAAGAACGUCUUCACGUCGGCGGAGGAGCUGGAGCGCGCGCAGCGGCUUGAGGAGCGGGAGCGCAUUAUCAGGGAGAUC